GUGAGUCAGGACGUGGAGCUGCAGCUGGUGCAGUACAAGCGGGAAGUCCAGGAAGCGGAGCAGGUCAUCGUGCAGGAGCGUCACAAGUGGCUGACAAACAGGAUCGUGGUUCUUCAAAGCAACGGCAGCGGCACGGUGAAUCCGAACGACAGGCCCCUCCUCUCUCGACUUCGUGCAGAGCUGCAGGCCUGUGAAGUCAAGAUGGAGGCGUACAAACGCGAUCUUGCCAUGGUGCCAGCUCCAGAGCCCUGCAACGAGCCACGACCACGGCGUCAUUCAGACGAGUUGGCGUCGGCUCAAGCGCCUUUGGCACCUCUGGCGCUGUGGCAACGACCACACCGCGGUCUCCGCCUCUGUGAAUCGCCUGACUUCGGGAGACCCCGAGAGCCUCGCGACCACCGGGACCACCGAGAGCAUCGGGACUGGCGACCGCCCCUGUCCCAAUCAACACGGAUGAAGGGCGACAUUUUUGGAGGCUACAAGGAGAUGUCCAUUCCGACGCAGGCC